CACUGGUCGUUUUGAAGCAGCGAUUUUGAACGCGAUUAAUCAUUUGGCGCUUGAUCAAAAUAUAAUGCAAAUUGUGAAAGAUGAGUCUCAUUAAUCCAACUGUAUAUAUUUUAGUGCUGUAUCUACUCGUCGGUACUGAUGCCUUUUCUCGAUGUCUAUUCAAUGUUACAGAAUCACUACAAACUGUAGAAAAUUUAAAAAAUGUAGCUCCAUUGUAUUAUGAAUUUACUAGUUCGUUAUACAAGAACGUAUCAGAAAGCGGAAACGAUAAUAUUUUGAUUUCUCCUGCGAACUUGUAUGUAGUAUUGUUCUUACUUGCCGACAUCGCUGAAGGUUCCUCUUUAGACGAACUGAACUCUAUUCUCUAUAACAAUGAAAAACCUCUUUUGAUGACAGAUCUCCAAGCUUUGAGGAAUCUAUUAAAAGAUAGUAAAUAUGAUGAUAUGUAUACAAUAACUGCAAUACGUACACUAUAUGAUUGUCCAUUUGACCACUAUUUUACGUUUUCACAAACAGAGUUCGCUUGUCACUUAUUUAAAAAAAAUUCUACCAGUAUACACGAUACAGCUUACGACAUUCUUAAAAACUGGAUUGAACUCACAGCAGAUAACAAAAUAAAUCUAGACAAUAUAUUCUGUGCAGAUAGUGUUGAGAGAGAAAUAAGAAUAAUGUUCCUAAGUACUAUUAACUUCAAGGGCACCUGGCUUGAUAAGUUUGAUAAAAAGAAUACACAACUGCGUGAUUUUCAUGUUUCUAAAACAGAGAUAAAUCUUGUCCCAACAAUGGUUAAGAAAACAAAAUUUAAUUGCGGUGAAAUACCAGAGUGGAAAGCAAGUUUUAUUGAAAUACCAUACAUGAAUUCAGACUUCGUAAUGGUGAUAUUGUUGCCAUACGAAGAAGUGAACUUGCAGACUGUGGAAAAUAAUUUCGACUGGAAAAAAUUAGCAAACGCACCCAGAUUUAUCGAGGAGAUAGAAUUGUAUCUACCUAAAUUCAAGUUUCAUAAUUUUUUUAUAAAUUUUGUUGAUAUUUUAAAAAAGAUGGGCGUGAUCACAAUGUUUUCGGAAGAUGCAGAGUUUGAAAGUAUAUUUUAUGACCUUCUACGUCACAGCCAUUUACUACAGCAAGUGUUUUUAAACGUUGAUGAAGGUACAGAGGCUGCUGCUAAAGAAACAGUUGCACAAGAAAGAUCAAUUAGAUCGGCACCGAGGAUAUUUGCGGUAGAACGUCCAUUUUUAUUUGCGAUUGAAUAUAAGCCAUACAAGAUACCUCUACUUUUGGGAAGUAUGCGGAAACUAAACUAUGAAUCAUGGAAAGAUGAAUUGUAAAUAAUAACUUUUAGAAAUAGAAGUUAUUUCAGCUGUAUUACGAUAUGACCACUCAUAGUUCAGGAAUGACACUGCACAUGAUGAAAGAUCUAUUACUUAAG